UUUCCCUUUUACCUUCUUCUUCAUCUUGAAUACAAACGAGUUCAAGUUCUCUAAUGGAGGAAAUUGACGUUCCCUACCUUUUUCUCUGCCCCAUUUCAUUGCAACUCAUGAGAGAUCCCGUCACGGUCUCAACCGGGAUCACAUACGACAGGGAGAACAUCGAGAACUGGCUAUUCUCAUGCAAAAACGACACUUGCCCCGUCACCAAGCAGCCACUGAACGACACCGAUCUGAUGCUCACUCCCAACCACACUCUCCGGCGCCUUAUCCAGGUCUGGUGCACCCUCCACGCCUCCAGCGGCAUCGAGCGGAUUCCGACGCCGAAGCCGCCGGUCGACGAGUCCCAGAUCGUCAAGCUCCUCAACGAGGCCAAGAACGUCCCGGGCUCGCAGAUCAAAUGCCUCCAAAGGCUCAAAUCCAUCGCCUCCAAAGGAGAAAGGAAUAAAAAGUAUUUAGAGUCCGCGGGGGCAAUCGAAUACUUGGCUUCGAUAGUGAAGAAAAACGGCUCGACGACGGUAAUAUUGGAUACAGCGGUCGAGAUUCUUUUCCAUCUUAAAAGCUCGGAAACGCAUUUGAAGAAUCUAGUAACCAACGAGAGCGAGAUUAUAGAUUCGUUGGUUAUGGUGUUGAGAACCUGUGGGAAUUACCAGUCAAGAGCUUACGCGACAGUUGUAAUGAAAUCCAUUCUGGAUUUGGCGGAUCCGGUCCAACUGAUAACAGUCAAAACGGAAUUGUUCGUUGAGGUUGUUAAUGUUUUACGUGAUCAGAUAUCACAACAGGCGUCCAAGGCCGCUCUGAAGCUCCUGUUGGAGGUUUGUCCGUGGGGACGGAACCGGAUCAAGGCCGUCCAAGGCGGCGCGGUAUCGGUUCUGAUCGAGCUUCUGCUCGGCACAUCGGAGAAGCGGUUCUGCGAGCUGGCACUGGUUGUCCUCGACCAGCUCUGCGGAUGCGCCGAGGGGCGGGCGGAGCUUCUGAAGCAUGGAGCGGGGAUCGCCGUCGUGUCGAAGAAAAUCCUUAGAGUUUCGCACGUUGCGAGCGAACGGGCGGUGAGGAUAUUGUCGUCGGUUUGUAGGUUUUCGGCGACUCCUAGGGUUGUCCAUGAGAUGUUGAGUGUUGGAGUUGUGGCAAAGCUGUGUUUGGUUCUUCAAGUUAAUAGCGGUUUGAAGGCAAAGGAGAGGGCUAAAGAGAUCCUCAAGUUGCACUCUAGGGUUUGGAAGAGUUCUAAUUGUAUUCCUGUCCAUUUGUUGUCAUCUUAUCCAUCUUCUUGA